UUUUUUUUUAUAUCAAUAUUUAUCUUAGAAUGAAGAGCGAAGAACACGAUAAUAAUAUGCAGUUAUUACGAUUAAAUGAUAGAGAAAUAAAACGGAAAAAGAAAAGGGAAUUAAUGGCAUCAAGAACGAUAAGUUACAUAAACAAUAAACUUCAAAUACAGAAUAAAUAUACGUCGUUGAUUUCUUUGAUUGAUACUAUUUAUCCUCCUUCACUAUGUCCUUUAUGUGAUACAGUAUUUACAUCUAAAACAGCAUCAAAUAAUCAUUUCUCUGAAAAACAUAAAAGAAAGUUACGCUAUUUAUGCAUACAUCCUCACUGCGACCAAAGGUUUUUAUCUCGAGGCGCUUUACAUUUCCACAUUCAACAUUCACACUUGGUUUUCGAUUCAGAGAAUCCGUUACCCGAUCCCCCUUUCAUUCAAUAUUCCUUAUCUGACUCUCACUCAAAUAAUAGUAAUAAUAAUAAUAA